UUAAAACUCCACAGGCUGGGAACGCAGCUGCUGUGCGCCGUGGAUUCCACUGACACUAUGGAUACACGUUAAAACUUCCAACAUGAAGGAUAAAAGUAAAACGCGCCGCUGGGAGAAGAAGAGUUAACAAAUCCAACUUUACUCUUGUCAAGCAUGGAGCUGUGGAGCUUUUGGUUUGGGGUCUGUGCCUUCCUCCACGCGCAGCUUGUGGCAUGUUUGGAUCUUCACCUCACGGAGACUUUGCAACCCGGCACUCUCUUGGCCGACCUGUCCCUCGGACCGGGAUGGACGUAUAAACUGGACAGGACUUUAUCACCUGAAACCACGCGGGGACUUUUCCAAGUCGGGAAGCAGAGUGGAACUAUCAGACUGUCCCAGAAAGUGGAGUGUGCGCGCAUGACGAGGAACCCCGCGCCUGUUCACUUCAGGAGCAACUCGUUGACUUCUGGAGAUGUCAUCUUGACACAUUUAAACGUGUUUGUCCACGGACAGGACUGUUUUAUUAAAUACAAGAGAAAGACAUCUACAGACAAGGUGGACAUUCACAUUAAACACUCUUUAAAAGUGGAGGCAACUUCCUGUCUACCUGCAGGGUUUUUGCUUUUCAACGCAACAGAACUUCUGCCUUCUUUAACAAGGAGCACCUCCUUCCUGGACACCAUGUGUGUUGGACAACAUUUUGCUGCGCUGUUUAGACAUGGAGGUUUAUUUUUGGCCAAGGACUUGUGUCCUGAAAGCAUCAGGACAGUGGAUUUGGAUUGCCCGCUGCACAGCUCUGAAGGCGUCCGACUCAACAUGCAGCUCACUUUGGCUUUUGGAAUCGUGCCUAAAGAUGGAUUCAUACAAGCGACAACUCAGGAAAUCACUGGGAAAUCAAUCCGGAGAGGUAAGCGACAGGUGAAUACGUCCCCCCAGUUCCAGCUCCCCAACUACCAGGUGUCGGUGCCUGAGAAUGAACCCGCCGGGACGCGGGUCAUCACCCUGAAAGCCACAGACCCGGAUGAUGGCGAGGCAGGGAGGCUGGAGUACGGCAUGGAAGCGUUGUUUGACAGCAGGUCGAAUGACUUCUUCACUAUUGACACUCAGACAGGCAGCAUAGCAACCAUUCAGGCUUUAGACAGGGAAGUCAAAGACACGCAUGUUUUUAAAGUGACAGUCCGUGACAACGGAACGCCGAGAAGACAAGCCACUUCUUACCUGACUGUCACUGUGAGCGACACCAACGACCACGGCCCGGUGUUUGAGCAGAACGAGUACAGAGUCAGCAUACGUGAGAAUGUAGAAGUCGGCUUUGAGGUGAUGACCAUCCGCGCCACCGAUGGGGACGCCCCCGCUAACGCUAACAUGAUCUAUAAAAUAAUAAACAGCGACGGCGGUAACGUCUUCGAGAUAGAUCCCCGUAACGGCUUGGUGAGGAUCCGAGAGCGACCAGACAGGGAGACGAGAGCUCAGUACCAGCUGAUUGUGGAGGCUAACGACCAAGGCAAGGAUCCGUGUCCUCGCAGUGCCACGGCGACGGUCCACAUCUCUGUGGAGGAUGAGAAUGACAACUACCCACAAUUCAGCAAAAAGAGAUACGUCGUACAGGUGCAGGAGAACGUGGCCAUCAACACCAAAGUCAUCCAAGUGGAGGCGACAGACAAAGACGAAGGGAACAACGCUAAAGUACACUACAGCAUCAUCAGCGGCAAUGUCAAAGGUCAGUUCUACAUCCACUCCCCCACUGGCGUCAUUGACAUCAUCAACCCUCUGGACUAUGAGAUGAUCCGCGAGUAUAAUCUGAGAAUAAAGGCGCAGGAUGGCGGCAGGCCUCCGCUGAUCAACGGCACUGGGAUGGUGGUGGUACAGGUGGUGGACGUCAAUGACAAUUCCCCCAUGUUUGUCAGCACGCCUUUCCAGGCUACUGUUCUGGAAAACGUGGCCAUCGGCUACUCUGUCAUUCACAUUCAAGCAAUCGACGGUGAUUUUGGGGAGAACGCCAGACUGGAAUACCGGCUAACGGAUACUACUCCUGGUUUCCCGUUUACCAUCAACAACAGCACCGGGUGGAUUACAGCAAGUGAAGAGCUGGACCGGGAGACUAUUGAGUUCUACAGCUUCGGCGUGGAAGCGAGAGACAACGGCAUUCCUGUCAUGUCGUCCUCAGCGAGUGUUAGCAUCACUGUGCUGGAUGUAAAUGAUAACGUGCCUACAUUUACAGAGAAGAUCUACUCACUUAAAAUCAACGAGGAUGCCAUCGUAGGGACUAGCGUGCUCACAGUGACUGCUCUGGACCGCGACGUCAACAGUGUAGUGACCUAUCAGAUUUCCAGCGGCAACACCAGGAACCGCUUUGCCAUCACCAGCCAGAGCGGUGGUGGUCUCAUCACUCUGGCCCUACCAUUGGACUACAAGCAGGAACGGCAGUAUGUCUUGACAGUCACUGCCAGCGACGGAACCCGCUCGGACACUGCGCAGGUGUUUAUUAACGUCACGGACGCCAACACGCAUAGACCCGUCUUCCAGAGUGCCAACUACCAAGUGAUGCUCGGUGAGGAGCAACCCGUUGGAUCCACCGUGGUUGUGAUUAGCGCGACGGAUGAAGAUACGGGAGAAAAUGCUCGCAUCACAUACAUCAUGGAGGACAGCGUUCCUCAGUUUAAAAUAGACUCAGACACCGGUGCCAUCACGACCCAGAUGGAGAUUGACUAUGAAGACCAGGCGUCCUACACGUUGGCUAUCAUCGCCAGAGACAACGGUAUCCCACAAAAAUCCGACACCACCUACGUGGAGAUUAUCGUCGUGGACGCUAACGAUAAUUCGCCUCAGUUUCUACGAGACAUGUACCAAGGCAGCGUUUUUGAAGAUGCUCCUGUCUACACUAGCGUCCUCCAGAUUUCUGCAUCAGACAGAGAUUCCGACUCAAAUGGAAGGCUAAGCUAUACAUUCCUGGGCGGUGAUGACGGUGAUGGGGACUUCUUUAUCGAGCAGUAUUCUGGCAUUAUCAGAACGGCUCGCAAGCUUGAUAGAGAGAAUGUUCCUGUUUACAAUCUGAAGGCCUUUGCUGUGGACAAGGGGGUUCCACCUCUGAAAGCAGCUGUCCCCAUACAUGUGGUUGUUCAGGACAUAAACGACAACGCCCCGGUGUUUGAGAAGGAUGAGUUGUUUAUCCAUGUGGAGGAGAACAGCCCAUUAGGGUCCGUCGUUGCCCGGAUCACUGCCACCGACCCGGACGAGGGCACAAACGCUCAAAUCAUGUAUCAGAUAGUCGAAGGGAACUUUCCACAGAUUUUCGAGCUGGACAUCUUCAACGGCGAACUCUAUUCACUCAUAGACCUGGACUAUGAGACCAGAACAGAGUACGUCAUCGUGGUCCAGGCCACCUCGGCGCCUCUAGUGAGCCGGGUCACCGUGCACAUCAGGCUGGUGGACAUGAACGACAACAGGCCAGUGCUGCAAGACUUUGAGAUCAUUUUCAACAACUACGUCACAAACAAGUCCAACAGUUUCCCGUCAGGAAUAAUCGGGAGGGUACCUGCCCAUGACCCGGACGUGUCGGAUAAGUUGCGGUACACGUUUCAGUCUGGAAACGAGCUCAAUCUGCUGCUGCUCAAUGAGGACACGGGGGAUUUGCGGCUGAACAAGGACUUGGACAAUGACAGACCGCUGGAGGCACCGAUGAUCAUCUCUGUCACAGAUGGCGUUCACGUCGUCUCCUCCCUGUGCACGCUGCGCGUCACCAUCAUCACGGACGACAUGCUGACCAACAGCAUCACGGUGCGCCUGGAGAACAUGUCCCAGGAGAGCUUCCUCUCGCCUCUGCUCAGCCGCUUCGUGGACGGCGUGGCGGCCGUGCUCUCCACCAGGCGGGAGGCCGUGUUCGUGUUCAACAUCCAGAACGACACCGACGUGCAGGGCUCCAUCCUCAACGUCACCUUCUCGGCCAUGCAGCCCGGCGGGGGCCCGGGGAAGGGGACCUUCUUUCCUUCGGAGGAGCUGCAGGAGCAGAUUUACUUGAACAGGACGCUGCUCAGGCUCAUUUCUUCUCAGGAGGUUUUGCCAUUUGACGACAACAUCUGCCUGAGGGAGCCCUGCGAGAACUACAUGAAGUGCGUGUCCGUGCUGAAGUUCGACAGCUCGCCUCCCUUCAUCGCCUCUGAGACGGUUCUGUUCCGGCCCAUACAUCCCAUCAACGGGCUGCGCUGCCGCUGCCCCGUGGGCUUCACGGGCGACUACUGCGAGACCGAGAUCGACCUGUGCUAUUCUGGCCCGUGCAAGAACAGCGGCAGGUGUCGCAGCAGAGAGGGCGGCUACACCUGCGAGUGCCUGGAAGACUUCACGGGUGAGCACUGCGAGGUGAACGUCUCAUCGGGUCGCUGUGUGCCAGGCGUGUGCAAGAACGGCGGCGAGUGCGUCAACCGUCUAGCCGGCGGCUUUGUGUGCCAGUGUCAGCCCGGCGAGUACGAGAAACCUUACUGCGAGAUGACCACGCGCAGCUUCCCCGGACAGUCCUUUGUCACCUUCAGGGGCCUCAGGCAAAGGUUCCACUUUACUGUAUCGCUCAUGUUUGCGACAAGAGAACGCAACGCCCUGCUCCUCUACAACGGCAGGUUCAACGAGAAACACGACUUCAUCGCUUUGGAAGUCAUCGACGAACAGAUUCAACUCACCUUCUCUGGAGGUGAGACCAAAACCACGGUGACCCCCUUCAUCCCAGGCGGUGUCAGUGAUGGUCAGUGGCAUUCUGUCCAGCUCCAUUACUACAACAAGCCUAACAUCGGGCGCCUGGGGAUCCCGCAUGGACCCUCCGGGGAGAAGGUGGCUGUGGUUGCCGUGGACGACUGCGACAUCUCCAUGGCGAUACGCUUCGGGAAGCAGAUUGGGAACUACUCGUGUGCCGCCCAGGGAACGCAGACUGGACAAAAGAAGUCGCUAGACUUGACCGGGCCGCUGUUGCUGGGUGGCGUCCCCAACCUGCCCGAAGACUUCCCUGUCCGAAACCGACACUUUGUGGGUUGCAUGAGGAACCUGAGCAUCGACGGCAGGCCCGUCGACAUGGCCAGCUUCAUCGCCAACAACGGAACCGCAGCUGGGUGUCCAGCAAAGAGAAACUUCUGCACGCCGAGUGUGUGUCAGAAUGGAGGAGUGUGUGUUAGCAAGUGGAACACAUACAGCUGCGACUGCCCAACUGGUUACGGUGGCAAAAACUGCGAACAAGUGAUGCCGUCACCUCAGUUCUUUGACGGCAAGGCUCUUAUUUCCUGGAGCGAGCUGGACGUCACCAUCGCAGUUCCCUGGUACAUGGGUCUCAUGUUCCGGACUCGGCAGCCUGCAGGCACCUUGAUGCAAGCCAACGCCGGCCCCUCCUCCACCAUAAACCUCAUGGUGAGCGAGCAACAGGUUCGUAUGGAGGUGUUGCUACGCCAACAAAUGGUGGCGUCCCUGAGCUUUUCGCAAGUUCGGGUCAACGACGGGGAGUGGCACCACCUGCUGGUGGAGCUGAGAAGCGUAAAAGAGGGCAAGGCCAUCAAAUACAUGGCUGCCGUAUCCCUAGACUACGGCAUGUACCAGAAGUCGGUGGUGAUUGGCAAUGACCUCCCGGGGUUGAAGCUGCAAACUCUUCAUGUUGGGGGUUUGCCUGCAGAGAGCAAUCAUGUCAGGAAAGGAUUUGUUGGCUGCAUACAGGGCGUCCGCAUGGGCGAGACGUCCACCAACGUGGCCAACGUCAACAUGGCCCGCGGCCUGAAGAUCCGCGUGGAGGACGGCUGUGACCUUGCCGACCCGUGCGACUCCAACAUCUGCCCCGAAAACAGCCACUGCAGCGACGACUGGAGCACACACACCUGUGUCUGCGAUCCAGGUUAUUUCGGUAAGGAGUGCGUGGACGCUUGUCAGCUCAACCCGUGUGAGUACGUUUCCACCUGCGCUCGCAAGCCCAGCUCCUCCCAUGGAUACACCUGUGAAUGUGGUCACAGCCACUACGGCCAGUACUGCGAAAACAAGAUGGAGAAGCCGUGUCCUCAGGGAUGGUGGGGGAGUCCCAUGUGUGGACCCUGUGGCUGCGACCUAAGCAGGGGCUUUCAUAACGACUGCAACAAGACCACCGGGGAGUGUCGCUGCAAGGAGAAUCACUACCGCCCAGAAGGAGAAGACUCUUGCUACCCGUGCGAGUGCUUCUCCGUCGGCUCUGAGUCUCGAACCUGCGACCCCGUCACCGGGCAGUGCCCCUGCAAGGGCGGAGUCAUCGGUCGCCAAUGCAACCGCUGCGAUAACCCGUUUGCCGAGGUCACCCCCAUUGGAUGUGAAGUGGUGUAUGAAGGCUGUCCAAAAGCAUUUGAGGCGGGCAUUUGGUGGCCCAAGACUAAGUUUGGACGUCCGGCUGCCAUGAACUGUCCCAAAGGAUCCAUUGGCACCGCCAUUCGCCACUGUAGCGACGAGAAAGGCUGGUUGUCGCCCGAGCUUUUCAACUGCACCACCGCCACCUUCGCUCAGCUGAGCAAACUGAAUGAAGAGCUACGCCGUAACAGCUCAAGGAUGGACACCGAGCGCUCCAAGAACAUAGUGCGUUUGCUCCACGCUGCCACCAAUAGCACCAGGAGUUACUACGGCAACGACGUGAAGACUGCCACCCGGCUGCUGAACCACGUACUGCAUUACGAGAGCCGCCGGGCGGGAUUCGAGCUCACCGCCGCCAAGGACGCGGAAUUCAACGAGAAUUUGGUUCGAGCCGGAAGUGCCAUACUGGACCCGGACACGAAAGCGCACUGGGAGCAGAUCCAGAAAACAGAGGGCGGCACGGCUCACCUGCUUCGGAAUUUCGAGGAAUAUGCAAACACCUUGGCGCGGAACGUCAGGAAAACCUACCUGAAACCCUUCACCAUUGUUACGGACAACAUGAUAUUAUCCGUAGACUACCUUGAUGUUUCGGAUCCUCAGAAGACCACGUUCCCUCGCUUCCAGGACAUCCAGGAGGAAUAUCCCGAAGAGCUCGGGUCUUCAGUCCACUUCCCACAAUUCAACAUUCAGCCUCAGCGGCACAGAGUGGAGACCACUCCAGCUCCUGCAGCUCAGACCGCCACCCCACUGGCGGAGGAGCACACGGCGUCUGACAGGAGCCGCCGCCACCUUGAGCCAGGCGCUCAUCUGCCGGUCGCCGUGGUGAUAGUAUACAAAUCUCUCGGGAAGCUGCUUCCUGAGAGAUAUGACCCGGACCGCAGAAGUCUAAGGGUCCCCAACCGCCCUGUGAUUAACACCGCCAUAGUGAGCGCCACAGUGCACAGCGAGGGUCCGCCUCUUCCUGUGGUUCUGGACCCGCCCAUUACAUUGGAGUACUUGCUGUUGGAGACGGAGGAGAGGACGAAACCCGUCUGCGUCUUCUGGAAUCACUCCCUCGCGAUCGGAGGGACCGGCGGGUGGUCCUCAAAAGGCUGCGAAGUGCUGAGCAGGAACAGCAGCCACAUUAGCUGUCAGUGUAACCACAUGACCAGCUUUGCCGUGCUCAUGGACAUGUCCAAACGAGAGCACGGCGAUGUUCUGCCCCUGAAGAUCGUCACCUACACCACAGUGUCGGUCUCCCUCUUCCUGCUCCUGCUCACCUUGGUGCUGCUGUUUCUCCUGCGGCGCCUCAGCUCCAACCUGCACGUCAUCCACAGGAACCUGGUGGCGGCGCUGUUCUUUUCCGAGCUCGUCUUCCUGCUCGGCAUCAAUCAGACUGACAACCCGUUUGUUUGCACCAUAAUUGCCAUCCUCCUGCACUACUUCUACAUGUGCACCUUCGCGUGGAUGUUCGUGGAGGGGUUGCACAUCUACCGCAUGCUGACUGAGUUACGCAACAUCAACCACGGUCACAUGAGGUUCUAUUACGCCAUGGGCUGGGGCAUCCCGGCUAUUAUCACUGGCUUGGCUGUCGGCCUUGACCCUCAGGGUUAUGGGAACCCCGAUUUCUGUUGGCUCUCCGUCCACGACACGCUAAUUUGGAGUUUCGCAGGACCCAUAUUUGUAGUUGUCCUGGUCAACAUAGUGAUCUUCAUUCUUGCCGCAAAGGCUUCCUGUGGUCGCAGGCAGAAGGCGGUUGAGAAGUCAGGCGCUAUCCUGGCUCUUCGUAUGGCCUUCCUCCUGCUGCUGCUCAUCAGCGCCACCUGGCUGCUGGGACUGAUGGCAGUCAACAGCGACGUGCUCACCUUCCACUACCUCUUUGCCGGCUUCAGCUGUCUGCAGGGAGUCUUCAUCUUCUUCUUCCACAUCGUCCUCAACAAAGACGUGAGGAAAUAUCUCAAGAACGUCUUCACAGGAAAGAAGAACCUACCGGAGGAGACGGCCGCCACACGGGCGUCUUUGCUCACACGCUCCCUCAACUGUAACAACAUGGAGGACAGCCAUCUGUACCGCUCGGCCAUCGGCGGGUCCACCCUCUCCCUGGAGAGCACGCUCAGGGAAGAGUCGGGCCAGAAGCCCAGCGUCUCAUCCGGAACCGCGCAAGGCCACACUGAUCUCGACGGGCCUCUCUUCCACAGAAGUGGCUCCAAGGCCGACGGUGAGUUCCUCGCCCGUUUCGAACCGCAACAUCCGUGUGACCUCCAUGUCGUCCACCCUGCGCCAGACUCCGACUCGGACAGCGAACUGUCGCUGGACGAGAACAGCUCCUCCUACGCCUCGUCUCGAUCCUCGGACAGCGAGGACGACGACAUGGAUGUCAAGCCCAAGUGGAAUAACGAGAGGCAGCCUGUUCACAGCACGCCUAAAGUAGCCUCGGUGUCCAAUCACGUGAAGCCGUACUGGCCCACGGAUGCUACGACAGCCAGCGACAGCGAGGACCCCGGUGGUCAGGAGCGGCUGAGGGUGGAGACGAAGGUGAACGUGGAGCUGCACGCUGAGAAUAAGCUCAAGCACAAUGAAGAACGAGACAAGGAAGCGCCUCAGGACAGGGACAAGCAGACCAGCAGCAACGCGAAGGACACGACAGCGCCAACAACGCAGGCCGGUCAGACCAACAGCAUCCAGCAACCAGAGCAGAGAAAAGGUAUCUUGAAGAACAAGAUCAGCUACCCGCCGCCGCUGACCGACAAGAACAUGAAGAACCGUCUGAGGGAGAAGCUCAGCGACUACAACUCCCCCACCAUCACCUCCCCUUCGCCCAACAACAACAUGGCCGCCCCGCAGACUCCCACUUCCGUCAACAUCAUGGUGCCGACGUCCCGGCGGACCUCCUUGGCCUCCAACGACGGAGGAGGAGGAGGUCGUCCGCCCGGCCACCAUGACAACGGCUCCGUCGUCAAACCACCCGUCGCACCGCGGCCGCAGAUUCCCACCGAGGCGUUGCCGGCGGCGAUCUACCGCGACACCAACGGAGGCGUGGCGAUGCACUUGAAGUCGGGGACGCUCAACGGCGGCAACGGAUCUGACUCCGAGGACAUCCAGACCAGCCCGCCGUUGUAGGAGGACAGGACGGGAGGAGCCACACCUCUCUCUCGGAGAGCAGUAUUAAAGAGCAGACAUGAGGACGGCCCCUCGGACAAAGAAGGAUAAAGGGAACAAACUCUUACCAUGUGAGGACCGUACGGAACCUGUGCCAUAAAAGGAAGGACAAGAUGGAGGCGCAGACGCUAUAAAUAUGAAGACUUCCUCUUGGAAUGUGUUGCAGGGUGACUUCACCUCCACAUGUUGGUGGAAAGACUUUGGGACGUCAACAUGUUGGUACAUUUGUAGUCCAGGUGGAUUUCAAGGACACACAGACACACACGAGUGCUCCCUUUGUUUUUCUCUUGUUGAACUAUUUUCAUCAAACUUGAAACAAUCAGGAGAGCGUUUUGGACUGAGGCCUUUCAAGCACACACGUUUAAUCAAGCCAGAAAGCACUAAUGGAAGGAUGGAGAAGCAUUUUAGCACUAGAAACCUGUGAAGCCUUCUUUUCCGCUCACCAAAGUCACAAAGCUUUCGCCUUUUUACAUGCUUCAAAAACGACAUAUUUGGGAAAGGCUUCAAGACAGGUGUCAAAGUCAAGGCCCGGGGGCCAAAUCUGGCAUGCCACAUCAUUUCAUGUGGCCCGCGAACACCUGGAAAUAAUAUGCGUCAGUAAAAUACCUUAUCUUUUCUUACUACAUUUAUUUGUUCUUUCCAUUUUGACAGAAAGAAAAUAUAUGGAUGGCAUGAAAUUAUUAUUAUUUAUAUUAUAUUAUAUUAUAAUAUAUUAUAUUAUAAAUUAAGAUAUUUAAAUAUUCUUAUUUUGACA